AUGGAGUUAGAACCCCAUAAAAUUCCACAAUCCAUUCAGGACAAAAGCGUGGAAUCCCGAGAAUCACAUUUCAAAGAAAAAGGGUUGGACCUUGUGCCUAAUGAUGAGUUACUCAACAAUCUCCAGGAGACACGAGAAGUACAAAAGGUCGUCCGAGAAGGAAUAUUACUUGCUACUGGUGCUGUAGCCAUUUUGUUACAGGUAGCCAUGCCUGGGGUUGCAAAAGGUGUCGAUAAUCAUAGCAGUUUCGCUUAUCGCCCGUUGCAUCGACUUCGGACCACCCUGACAUUUGUCUACUGCAUGGCAUUUGGAACAAAAGACGAAAAAAAGGCCAUCAUUGAAUUUGUCAAUCGAGCCCAUGCUGAAGUUAAAGGCCCUGACUAUUCUGCUGAUGAUCCGGAGCUUCAGAUGUGGGUUGCCGCUACACUUUACGCUAGCGGUAUCUAUAUGUAUGAGGAGGUAUAUGGAACCAUAGACCCCAGAAGGGCAGAUACUAUAUACGAGGAGUACUCAGUCCUCGCGAUAUCUCUCCGUGUCCCGCCUGAGAUGUGGCCCAAAAACCGCAAAGCAUUCUGGCAAUACUGGGACACCACAGUAGCACAACUUGAAGUCACUAGUCACGCGCAAAACAUUGCGAAAGACCUCCUUUACAACAAGCAUAUGUUUCUUCCAUUAAGGCUGGCCUUGCCAAUAGUCCGAUUGAUGACGGCUCAAAUGCUUCCUGAUCGGGUGCGUGAACAGUAUGGCCUGAAAACAGGGCGCAUCCGGAGAACUAUGUACAAAUCCAUCAUGCUAGGAGUGCAAAUCGCAUACCCAAUUACACCAAGGUUUAUCCGCACAAUUCCUAUGAAGUAUUACAUGAGAGAUAUGCGUCGCAGAAUGAGAAACAUGGUUUGA